AUGGAGUUGGCCAGAAGAGAGCAACAGCAUCCCGAAAUGCUUAGCAUGCGACGAAGCAGGUUGUCCGCGCACAAUCUUCGGAUACACACAGCUGCUUUCUCAAAGCAAUCGUACUUUCCAAUUAACCGACUCCGGGAGGAGCGACCAGAGGAAGCCAACGAUGAUCAAACGCCCAUCGACGCCUUGGGGUUCUCGUACGACGGGCUAUCGCCGCAAGACAUCAACAUGGAGGUUCGACGGCAGGCAUCGCUGGAUGCGCUGGGAUUGUACUCGGGCAAUGUCGCGUCGCUCUCCACGCCCAUGGAUCGACUGAUUGCUCGACAGGACCGAAGACAAGCAGGAGAGAUGUGUGGCAGAACAAGAGAUGUCGAAACGCUUGACGCGGGUGAGCUGGCAUCAGAACUGAGUGAGGAUGUUCAGCAGGACGACGUGAGGAGCGUGGGAUCAGGAAGUCUGCAGGCGUCCUCGGACACGCUGUCGGUCACGAGGGAGAACCUGAUGGAGACGACGAAAGAGAAGGAUGAGCAAGCGGCGCGCAACUGGAGAAGACUGAAGAUGAGACGGCGCAACACGAUAGGUAAGACGAAGAGGACACACAAGGCUGCGCCGGCGGUGCAACCCAUCAGAGGGUGA